CUUCGCCAAGUCCCCCGGGUAUCACCCCCUGAGACCACCGCUGGCUCCGCCCAUCCCCUCUUACGGCCCUGUUCUGGCCCCCUUCCCCAUCUCCAUCCACUGUUUGAAGACACGGCAGUGGACGGCCCGCUCUACUCGGGCUCCAAGUCAGCAGACCUCACCACCGGGCACCGGCACUCGCAAGGCAUUCAAACGUGGCUGAGGAAAGUGCGCUGUUAGUGCAUGGGUACCGUGACAACAGCUGCCAGCUUGGCAAAGCCGAACAUAAUUCCAAUUUGCUCCUUUUCUUGAAAGCCGAUCCCAAUUACCCGACGGAUUCAGUUCCCGUUCCCUGAAUUUCAUCUCACACCGUAUAUAUACCGCACCAUGGACGGAAAUCCCCCAGGCUCUUCUUCAAGAGUGACCUUGGACUGUCCCGACGAGCAACAACCUCUGCUCACUACCCAGCACCCUGAUUACCACAUUGAUCCCAUGCUGUCACUCUUCAAAGCUCAGGAUGGCGGCGCGAUAGACCCCACCGCCCAUGUCGACCCCCAGACUGGUGCAGUGAUCGAGAAGAAGACCAAGGCAGAGAGGUGGUUCGUAGCGAGGCUGGACGCGGUCUUAUUGCUCUAUGUGUGUAUCUCGCAGAUCAUCAAGUAUUUGGAUCAGCAGAACAUCUCGGCCGCCUAUGUGUCCGGUAUGAAAGAGGAACUCGACCUCUACGGCAACGAGUACAACUACUUCACCACCUGGUUCAACGUCGGCUAUGCCAUCUUUCUCAUCCCUUCCCAGAUCGUCAUCACCCAUGUUCGCCCCUCCUGGUGGUUGCCGGUGCUCGAGACUUGCUGGGGUGUAUUGACGAUCGCGACAUGCAAGGUCCACAACUACAAACAAGUAUAUAUUCUCAGAGCAUUUACUGGUGCUUUCGAAGCCACUUGUUACCCCGGUGCUAUCAUGCUUCUCAUGUCUUGGUAUACUCCCAGAGAACUCGCCUUGAGAAUUGGAUUCUACCACAGUUGUCAAUCCAUCGGUAAUAUGCUCGCCGGUGCACUUCAAGCAGCCAUCUACAACAACAUGGAUGGUCUCCACGGCAUGUCUGGAUGGAGGUGGAUGUUUGUCAUCGACGGUAUCCUCACUCUUGUCGUUAGUUUUGCAGGUCUCUUCCUCAUCCCCGACUUCCCAUCCAAACCCAACCCUUGGGCCUUCUGGCUCCGCCCUAAACACAUCGACCAGGCGAUGGACCGUGUCGCCCGAUUCCGCCGAGCAGACAACAAGAAGUUUACAUUCCGAUCCGUCAAGAAGGCCAUCUUUAGCCCAUUGUUCUACUUUUUCGUCGUCAUGUACGUCGCGACCGUUCUUGGGCAGGGCGGGUACAGCUAUUUCAACCUCUGGCUCAAGAGUCUCAAGAAUGAUGAUGGUACAGCGCGUUGGUCUGUCGCGCAAAUCAAUGCUAUCCCCAUCGGUGGUGGCGCCAUUAGCGUCGUUAUGAUCUGGUUCUGGGGUUUCUUCUCGGACUACUUUCAGACUCGAUGGGUGCCCGUCGUCGUCCAAGCUUGUAUCGGCCUCGUACCCGGUAUCAUCAUGAGCAUCUGGAAUGUCUCGGACAAUGCCAAAUACUUUAGCUACUUUGUGUGCUACCUUUCCCUCGCUACUGCACCUCCUAUCUGGGCUUGGCUAUCCGACCUCAACCCCUUUGACGCCGAACAGCGAGCCUUCACUCUCGGUUUCGCCAUCGCCUUCUACUAUGCCUGCGGCGCAUGGAGCGGUCCUCUCAUCUGGCCUGCAAGCCAAGCACCUGUAUGUCCAUUCUCUCCCUACCGAGAUUCAUACAGAGUAGUGACGCUUACGGGGCGAUAGCACUACGCGCAUGGAUGGCAAGUCACCAUCGCUUUAUGGGUAUUGGUCAUCAUCCUCGCUUGUUCUCUUCGAUAUGUCGAGUUGAAACACAUCAGACCUCGAAACGUCAAAAAGGCCGAGGCCAAGAUCGCUGCUCAAGAGGCCGAACAAGCCCGCCUCGAUGCCGAGGACGAUGACAUGAAGAAGGAUCCUGUCCUCGACCAGGUGCGACCGGUCGUAAGUAGGGUGUAAUGAUUCUGGGGGGAUUGGGGAAGACUUGUCUUGUUUGGGGUAUUUGGGUAUCUUUGGGAAUCGUUGUAAUAGAGUGUUCGUUGAUGUAUGUCGCUAUGGAACCUUGU